UCGGCGCUGCUACCGAUCGCGAUCGGGUCGAUCGCACGGGCGAUUGGAAAGCUCCCCGGCCUUAAUAAACUUAUCUUGGCACGGGAACGCAUUCCUAUCCUCUGAGUGUCGGUCACCGCCUCGGAUUUCGUUAAUAUUGUUGUUACACCUCGUAAACGAUGAAGUAGCCGCUUACGAUAUUUGCAUAACGUGAGCGCAUAAUGCGCGUACAAAACAGUUGCGUCAGUCAAUAGCGACGAAGCUUCAAAUUAAACUAUACAUCGAUUAUAGACCAGUACAAUAAAGAAAAUAUAGAUCAUGGUUUGUAGAGCUGGUGAAAAGAUUCAAGUAUGUGCGAUUCAAUUUACUAUGCCUUCCGAGGCUAAUCAUAAACUUUGCACUAGCGAAAAAUUUUCCUUAUUUGUAUCCACACGCGUGAAGGAUCUUUACAAUUACAUCGAAGAGCAUUAUCACAUCCGGGCAGAUACUUUUAAGUUAAUUUUAUUCACGUCGCCGUGCAAGAUGACCGAUUUGUCCGAAGUAAAAGACAAAACGAUGGAAGAGAUAGGAGUGGAUUUCUCGGUCGAUCCGAACGAGGCGAAAAAUACUCUCUUUGUUACUGACCCCACAAAUUCUUGGUCGCCAAAGAACUCAGAUUAUGGUUUGCCAACGUAUAAUCUCGCAGCUGCACCACCUCUCCACAGUCCACCCUCAUGGGGAGAAGAUGUUAACUUCAAAAAUUUCAUUAAAACUGAAACAAGUUACGUUGGUUUAGUCAAUCAGGCGAUGACUUGUUACCUGAACAGUCUUCUUCAAGCAUUGUACAUGACACCAGAAUUUCGUAACGCGUUGUAUAAUUGGGAAUAUGUAGAUGGUUCAGAAAAGGAUGAAGCUCUAAGUAUACCAUACCAAUUACAGAAGUUAUUUCUGAAUCUGCAGACAUCCACAAAGUCUGCAGUAGAAACUACUUCUUUAACUAAAAGUUUUGGAUGGGAUUCUACUGAAGCAUGGCAGCAGCACGACAUCCAGGAACUUUGCAGAGUUAUGUUUGAUGCACUGGAGCAAAAAUUCAAGAACACAGAACAGGCUGAUUUAAUCAACAGACUCUACGAAGGAAAGAUGAUUGAUUACGUUAAAUGCCUUGAGUGUGGGACAGAAAAAUCGAGAGAAGAUACAUUUCUUGAUAUCCCAUUGCCAGUUAGACCAUUUGGAAGUAACGUUGCAUACACCUGUGUGGAAGAAGCAAUCAGAGCGUUUGUGCAGUACGAAAUCUUGGAAGGAGCCAACCAGUACCACUGUGAAAAAUGCAAUAAAAAAUGCGACGCGCAUAAAGGAUUGAAGUUUACAAAGUUUCCAUAUUUAUUAACUCUACAUCUCAAGCGGUUUGACUUCGAUUAUAAAACCUUCCAUAGGAUCAAGCUCAACGAUAGAGUCACAUUCCCAGAUAUAUUGAAUUUAAAUCCCUUUAUUUCGUCCACAACGAGUCAAGAGUCUCCAGGUGGUGAAGAAGACAUUGGUCUAGGUAUCAAAUGCGAUGACAGCUCCACAACAGACAGUGGCACGUUGGAUGAUGAUUGUAUACCAUGUGACAACAGUCUCUCCAAUAGUAAUCACUCAGCUAAUCACGAUCAAGACGAUGACGAAGGUAUAGAUAUGAGUAAUGGACCAUCGACAUCGAAUUGUACCGUGCACAAUCACGAAAAUGAGAAGAAUCGCGGUACUUACAUGCUGGGAAGAGGCCCGUAUCAAUACGAACUAUUUUCUAUCAUGAUUCAUAGUGGUAGCGCGAGCGGAGGCCAUUAUUACGCUUAUAUCAAGGAUUUCAGGACGCAAGAGUGGCUGUGUUUUAACGACCAGAGUGUAACGCAGAUUACUCACGAUGACAUCCAGAAAACGUACGGCGGCGGACCCACAAGAGCGUAUUACAGUGGUGCGUACAGCAGUAGCACGAAUGCGUAUAUGUUGAUGUACAGACAAAUAGAUCGUGCUCGUAAUACUUUACCUAUACAAGUCCAAGAUUUCCCACGACACAUCCAGGAGUUAUUGAAAAAAAUGAAGGAGAGCGAGGAUAAUGACAGGAAAAAUCGUGAGAAACAGAUGUCAAUACCCAGGCUGAAAGUUUAUUGUCAUCAUCCAUUAAAGGGAAAAUUAAUAGACAUUAAGUUAUACGUUAUGCCCGACACCACUUGGGCCGAGGCGACAGAGCAAGCGUACAAGAAAUUCAACCUUGACAAUGUCGUGAAUCUGGAUCAGUGCCGUUUAGUUAGUUACGAACAUAAUAUUGAUUUAAUAGAAUGCAGUUAUGAUGAUAGAGAGCAAGAGUCUGUAGCUAGUAUUUGGCAGAAUCAACAUCGAUUCGAUUUAUUAUUAGAAAUUCGUCGUAAAGAUCAGAAAUUCGAGACAUUUUUGCCAGGUGGAGUUGCAACAAAGGUAUUUGUCAUAGACGUAGCUAGAGAGGAGGUAAUUGACGGUCCGAUCAAUAUCCGAGGUUUAUUGUCGCAAAGUGUUAAAGAGUAUAAACAAACCGUAGGAAAAGUAAUUAAUAUGGAUCCUAAACAAAUGAAAGUAAUAUUACCAAAGUACCCAGACUCGUAUGAUCUCGUGGAAAGCGAUGAUAACGAUCUUCAGACUGAAGGAUUUUAUAAUGCGAAAAAGAUAUUCGUAUUAACAAUGAACGAUACUGAUAAUAACAAACCUCUUCAAGAAUCGACAGUGUAUAAAAUCAUAAAGAACUUCAAAUACGUUAUUUCCCUACACAUUCAAUUGCCAGAUAUCAGUAAAGAAGCGUUAGAAGAAUUGAAUAUCCCGCCAUUGGAGGAUAAAUUUGAGGAAAAGGAAAAGCCUAUCAGCAACGGUUUGUCCAAACUAGGUGUUACCGAUGCACAUUGGGACGUCAAUUCGAAGUACAAUGAAACCUCAAAAAGUAGCGUACGUAGCAACGAGGAUACCACCGUACGGAACAUAAGUCCUCAGUUGGGAGAAGCUGAGGAGUGGAAUACUCCCGAACAGAGUAACAGUGAGGACAGUAGCCUUAGCGACAGCGACAAAACGUUGGUCGGCGACGUACCGGAGGACGACGAUCCCCAACUUCCGCCAACUUCGUGGGAUCGUCGCUUUAAGAUUUCGAAGCAAUUCGAAAUAGAAAACUGGGACAUCGAUGAUGACUCCGACUACUACUUCAGAGCAACAUCAUACACAGAUAACACUCAAAAACUACUUAAAGUAUUAGUGGAUAAGAGAAUGAGAUUGAGCACUUUGAAGAAAGAACUGGAGCCGUUCGUCGGUGUGUCUGUGGAGUACUUCAAAGUUUUUCGUUUAUCGAAUGAUACUGGUGAAUCGGAGUGCAGUUGUUUGACGGAACAGCUGAACUCUUACGGUGACGGCGAAAGGCUCAGCAUAAAACUUGGACGAGCCCUGCGUAGCGGAGAAUUCAAAGUGAAGUUGUAUCAGUUAUUGAUCGACUCCAUUGAACCUUACAAAUUUUUGUGCGAGUGGAUUGUCUCGAAAGACAUGACGGUCGGACAAGCGAAGAAAGAGAUAUUGGCAGAGAUUAAGAGAAAAUAUGAUAUCGACAUACCGUAUGAGAGAUGCCGGCUUAGGAAAAAAUAUUACAAAACAGCCUCGAAGGUGUUUUUGGACGAACAGAAGUUCGAGGACCUUCGAUCACAUUCGCAAUUUGAAAUGAUUAUUCAAGAACUACCGGAUAAAGAGACAGUUACGGACACCAAUCAGAUUGUCUUGUUUGUCAGGAGGUGGUUACCGGCAAAGUUAGAGCUGGAGCAGUUCCAAGAGAUAGUUUUGGAGAACAGAACCAUCGAAGAAUUAAGGAAGAAACUCUCCUCGAUAUCGGAUAUUCCGGAGGAAUAUAUCAAUAUUGCGAAGGGGAAAGGUACUUUUCCAUGCGACAAUUCCGUGUUACGAAUCCAAAAUGAGCAUGACUGGAAUGAGCAUCACGAUAGUUUGUCUUUCAAUUUCGAAGACGGUGCCGUCUUCUUAUAUAGGGAUAGUAGGGAAAACCCGAAACGAUUAAAUCCCGAUGAGGUAAUGGAGAUCGCUUUUAAAGAGAAUUCACGCUUAACGCCGCUUUCUACUACUUCGAGUUACAGUCCACGUCGGGAGAGAGCACUUAAAAUAUAUUUGGAUACCAAAUGAUCGUCCAUAGAGAGAGAGCAUGUAUCUCCUACAAAUCAGUUGCUAAAUAGGCAAGUGUGCGAACACAAAACAUUUGCACACAAAAUGUUUGUAUGUUGGGUAUUUGUGAAAUCAAAAUUUCACCAAAUGCCGAGUGUUUUGUGUUCCAGUGUGUCUUCAGCAUUUCGAAGCUUCCGCGUUCCUGAAGGUUUUCGGCUUUUUGUAAUUAUUAGACUUUUGAAAUUGUUUGGAUUCAUGAGAUAUAUAGUAACACGUAAUUUGGGAUCUCGAUUAUCGUAUCCGGUGUUGAGAUUUCUAGGACUCAUAUGGAGUGUAACAUACCCGAUACUGUCCGGUCUGUUAAAUCAGUUUUUCAUCUACACGGACACCAAUCAGAUUACAAACUAAAGAGCACAAUUGUCGCUAAAGAAACGAAAGGUAACGAAACCGAUGAGAGCUGGUGGUGAAGAAAUUUCUUGAUACACGCUCGACGGAAAGUUCAUAUGCGAGUUAUUGACUUCUCAGUUUCUUGCAUAACAAUGUAACUUGAAUUCCCGUUACUUUCUUGUUUUGGCGAGUCUGCUCAAUUUCCCAUUGUAAACAAUUUUUAUAUAUAUUUCUCUAUAUACUUGUUAAAAAAAAGAUAUAAGGCAUUGAUUUUUUGUCGGAAGGCUCAUGUAUGUCUAAUAUCGAAAAAUAUCAUCGUCUAACACACUUUCAUCAUCAAUACUUUUGUUGUCACUUUUCUUGGUAUAACAAUGUUUAUUAGCCCUUUUAAUGCCAAAUGGUAGGCGACAUACUUCUGAUCUAUCUGAGCUUAUAAUUUUUUCGUAAAGGUUUCAAUAACUUUUGUUAACAAUUCCUGAAUCACAUCAUAUGUAUUAAUAGCACUGUAGCAUCGGUGUGUAACCAAUAUACAACCUACAUAAAUGUGAUUAAACUUUUGAUAACAGAUAUGUUAGUCGUGUAUUAUCUCUUAAUUGAUCGUUUAACUGAUAUUGUGCUACUCGUUAUUAAUAUAUGAACUGUCACAGACAAUAGUAUAGUCAUUUUCCAGAGAGAAAUCUUAAGUAAAACGGAAUAUUAUUUGUUUCUCUUCGCCAUGUCACUGACAUACAAAUCUCAAGAGCAAGUUUACACCAUUAAGUAAACUUAUUUAUUUGUAUUUAUAUUUAAUAUUGGUUUUAUUUUAUGAUGUAUAUACUAUAUCAUCACAUUAUGUUUAUGGAAUAAUUAUAAAAAUAUGAUAGAUAUAUUAAUUAGAAAAAUAUUAAUAUUCGAUCAUUUUAAUGAAUUUUAAACAUAAUUUGAUUUUUUCUAUCUUGUAUAAUUUGAUUGUAAGUAAUAGAUCAAUGUUGUAACUUUUUAAAUUUGUUAUUACGCGAAAAUAUGCGAGCUAUACUCUAAUAUUUUACGUUAUGUGUUGAAUGAAGGAUAAAAAUAUUAGUUUGCAUUUAUUAGGGAUUUAAUUUAAAAUAAUUUUUGCUCUUCUACUACAGAACGUGACGUUGGAAGGGUUAAAAAACAUAGAAAUUGUACUACAUUUUCCAUACAUAUCGUUUUAAUUAAAUCGCUUUAGUGGCAACAAAUGUGUGGCAUGACAGCGGAAUGAAAGUGAUUUCUUUAAAAGGAGGAAACUUACAGAAAGUGUUUCGCGUGUUUUGCAUUAUUUUUAAAACGAUGUUGGCUGUUGUAUGGCAAUUAAUUACGUCUUUGUAAUGUUUAGCGUAGAUGUAACGUAUAUUUAUUGCAUAUUUGUUAUUGCGAAAUAUUAGUUUUCGGAUUAUACUGUAAUUAUCGGGUACGCAUUCAUUACAUUACAUAUAGUAACGGCCCAAAUGAACAAGAUAAGAGAAUGUGUAAGAUAUCAUUUGUACUAGCGAAAUUUACGUUGGAAUAAGUUGUAAUACAGAGUCAGUUGGAAAAUUGAAACUUAAUAUAGCACCCGCUUGAACACUGUUCUCAAAGGAAUACUCAAGCUUUCAAUUUUAUUUAUAACUGGAUGCAUGUCGGAUGUUUGAUUAAAAUUUAAAACGUUACAUGUGUGAGUAACGUUUAAAGAAAUAUAUUGAGUGUUUCUUAACGAUAUAUUAAUCGGUUUCAAGAAUCGGCUGUACUGAAAUAAUAUUACGAACUCGUCCUAUAUUUUGUGCAGUAUUUACCUGUUUUGUCGCAAUUACAGAAAGAAGAUUAUAAACGGAAAUAUUCCUAAUUUAAAAAUAGAAUGUUCAUUGCUUUAGCUGCCAAUAUUUAUCUGCUUAAAACCUGCUUUCAUGUGGCAUUCUGUUAAUUUUUCUUUCUUUUUUUUUUUUUCUUUUAAAGAUGAAAGAUUGAUAAACUGGACCAAGUGGUAACUUAAUAGCUCUAUUUGUUGCAUCUUUAUUUAUUUUGUUAUCCUCUAUUAACGUUUUAUUUAUCAUCCGAGCUAGACUUUAAACAUAGUUUGUUUUUUUUUUUUUACAAUUACAUUGAAUGAGAAAGAAUGUCGACGCUGUGUCUUUUUUAGCAAAAUAGAUAACAAUAAAUUUAAGAGACAGUGAAAUAUAUUCGAUCCUUUUUGUGGAUAAGUUAACUGUAAAAUUAUGGAAUAUAUCUCUAUUGACACGAAUACAGAUUGUAAUUUAAAAUUCUCCAAUCACCGACGAUCAAAGAUUAUUCUCUGUAUAAUACACUGAAGUUAUGAAGCAAAUUAUAUUUAUAAUUAUUAACAAUGAAAUAUUGAAAUGUC